UAGCGCCUUAGAUUAAUAAAACAUUAGCGCAUUGUAUGAAUCAAACAGGAACAAGUAUCUGGAGGCCUCUAAAUGCUUGGAAGAAGUUGCUUCUUGCGAUAAUUUAAAAAAAAUCCAACUGACAUCUGCGUGUACGCUUCGAGAAAGCCUCGAUCUAAUUACGAAAACUAGUAAGUAAAGAUUUCAUUACUUAGUAAUCCGCCGAUGGUAAUAAAAAACCUUGAAAUACAGCCUUGUUCAUUGAACCAUGCACUGAAACGGCUAACUUGAAGAUAUCGCAAUCUCGUGAUUCUAAAGACGGUUGUCAAUUGUUUUGUACGAACUGUGUGUGCGUUCUUUCAUAAAAUUGAAACAAAAUACAAUCGCGACGAAUGUAAAUUCGAUUCACUAAUUUUAAACACAAUAACUGUGAUGGUGAUAUGUAUCGUCUAUUUUUGACAAGUGCUAAAAAAUAACUGAACCAUUUACUAGUGAUAACACUGAUAUCUUAUCACAAUAGAUUAUGUGCACAAGUGUUAAAUUUGUACCAUAUAAUGGAAAAAGCAUUACUGAGAGUGUCAGCCGGACAUGUCUAGACAGUAACUAAUGGAACGAAAAGAAUUAACAUUGAGUUUUCAUAAUUUAAUCAAACGAGAUGAGCAACUGUACGGAUACACAAACUACGCGAUGGACACUCCAACACCGACAGUGGCCGGAGACUGCAUACCCGGCCUGUUCCAGCGUAUGGACUCCUUAUCCCCGGGAAUGGACUCUGACUUCGAUGAGAGUCUGGCGGUGCCUGAUUCACUCUCCGUCAUAGACGUGGACAAAACGGAUAAUAAAGAAACUGGCGAUGAUGGAGAAAUAGCAACCUCUGUCCCAUUCAAACAGAUCCAUGAAACGCCUAUGAAAUUCAAUGCUGUGCAUAGAAAAGUAUUCAUUCCCGGUGUGGAGAUACGGGUCAAAUUCGUCGAAAACGAAAGGAGUGUUACCACACACUUGCUUAAUCCUAACCUAUACACCAUACAUUUGCAACAUGGUGACUUCACCUGGACGAUCAAAAAGCGGUAUAAACACAUAUUAUACCUGCAUCAGCAGCUGGCCUUAUACAGAACGUCCCUCAACAUACCUUUCCCAACCAAAACUCAUAAAUCCAGACGAGCUAGCUUCAAAAACACAGUCAGUACUGAGGAGAAAGCGGAGAAGAUGGCGCUGCAGGCACUGCCUAGGAGUAACUCGAAGAAAAGGGACGGCAGACCUAGGAAGAGGAAAGGUGCUUUGCCCAGGUUUCCAAAGAAACCUGAAGUAAUGAUCACAUACGAGGGGCUCCAGCUGCGGAUGAAGCAACUUGAAGAAUACAUGUUCAAUUUGCUCAAUAUCUCAAUUUAUCGAAAUCACCACGAAACGGUAAAGUUCCUGGAAGUAUCCAACCUGUCUUUCAUCAGCGAGCUAGGCGACAAAGGGAAGGAGGGCAUGAUUGAGAAGCGAACCGGCUCCACUCAACCCGGCCAAGCUGGUUGCAACUGCUUCGGUAUGCUGGGGAAUACUGUCUGCGUCAGAUGCAACUACUUCUGCACUGGCCUAGUUUGCGCGAAGUGGCAAGAACGAUGGCUGUUCGUCAAGGACACUUUCUUCGGCUACAUCAGGCCUCGAGACGGCAUUAUCAAAGGAGUCAUGCUCUUUGAUCAGGGGUUUGAAGUAUCGAGUGGGUUGUACUCCACGGGCUUGAACCACGGGCUGCAGAUCCUGAACCAGAGUAGGCAGAUGGUCAUCAAGUGCUGGACCAAACGCAAGAGCAAGGAGUGGAUGCAGUGUUUGAAGACCAUCGCCAAUCAGACAGCCCGAGACUUCACCGCCCCAAAUGUCCACCAUUCCUUCGCGCCAGCCAGGCGAGCCACACCUGUAGCUACUUUCGUUGACGGCUCCUCCUACAUGUCAGCGGUCGCAGACGCCAUGGAAUCAGCCAAGGAGGAAAUCUUCAUAGCCGACUGGUGGCUCAGCCCUGAGAUUUAUAUGAAGAGACCAGCACUCAAUGGAAACUACUGGAGGCUGGACACUAUUUUGAAGAGGAAGGCAGCUCAAGGAAUCAAAGUAUUUAUUAUGCUCUACAAGGAAGUAGAGAUGGCACUUGGUAUCAACAGCUUCUACAGCAAAAGUCGGCUGGUCGGGGAGAACAUCAAGGUUUUCCGUCAUCCAGACCACGCGAAGGCGGGCGUGUUCUUCUGGGCUCAUCACGAGAAGAUUGUCUGCGUGGACCAGAGCGUCGCGUUCGUCGGCGGCAUCGACCUCUGCUACGGUCGCUGGGAUGAUGAUAAACACAGGUUGACUGACCUCGGUAACAUAACGCAGCCGGCAAACGCUAUCCGAAUGAAAAAAAAGACUUCUAGCUCUCCAGGCGGUGGCAUCUGUCUGCCCUACUCCAACGGAAUCGAAGCCGCUUUGGAACUGGCCAAGAGCUCUAAAGACAUCGUGAUCGGAUUGAAUGACCUCACCCCCAUAGAAACUACAGCAGACACACCUAACGGGUCCACAGGCGAGGAAUCCCAAUCCGAAUGCGCUCCAGCCAACCUGCCAGUGUUAGAACCUGGAGACCAGCUCCUCAUCAACUCUGCCAAAACCCAAACAACUGACCUAUCCAAGUUCGAAACUCCUGAAGUCCAAAAACGGAACGUGCUCAACAAAAUCACUGAUAGAGGCAAAGACAUCAUCAGUAUAAUCUACCCUCCGUACGAAGAAGAAAGGAACGAGCAGAAAUUUGAUGAUUCUGAACGAAAAAAGGCGGAAAAAUACGCGUUAUCCAACGACCAAAUAUUACUAACUGACGCGUUAGGGUUGACGCCCAAUGCAGUUAGUAGAGGGGUCAGUCAGCCGACACCUUUAGCUCAAGUGGUGGAGGGAAGAGUGAUCACAGAGAAAACUAAGGAGGCGUUGGAGGACGUUGAAGGAAACUCGAAACUGUGGAUCGGAAAGGACUACACUAACUUUAUCGUUAAAGACUUUAAUAAUUUAGAUCUGCCUUUUGUAGACUUAGUGGACAGGAACACAACGCCUAGAAUGCCUUGGCACGACGUCGGGGUUAUGGUGCAAGGCGCGGCUGCGAGAGAUGUUGCGAGGCACUUUAUACAGAGGUGGAAUGCUAUUAAACUCGAAAAAGCAAGACAAAACAUCAGUUACCCGUACUUGCUCCCAAAAUCGUACACAAACAUCAAACCACUUCAAGAUCUGAAUCAUAAGCUGAACGUAGACAUCAACAAUAUGACAUGCCAGGUGCUUCGAAGCGUUUCCAGCUGGUCCUGCGGUUUCUUAGACCCGGAUACAGUGGAACAGAGCAUCCACGAGGCGUACGUGAAUACCAUCACCAGUGCUCAGAACUACAUCUACAUAGAAAACCAGUUCUUCAUCACACUGUCAAGAACUAACCCCAAUGUUAGGAACCAGAUAGGCGAAGCACUCUUCAACCGCAUCAUGUCAGCGCACAACAAGCAAGAAACAUUCCGGGUGUUCGUUGUGAUGCCGCUACUGCCUGGUUUCGAAGGCGAGGUGGGCGCGCCCUCCGGAACCUCAUUACAUGCUGUCACUCACUGGAACUACCAGAGUAUAUCCAGGAGCAAAGAAGCCAUCCUCACGCGUCUCUACGAAGCCGGCGUCGAGGACCCGUCCCAGUACAUCACGUUCCACGGCCUCCGAACGCAUUCCAUCCUGGAUGGAGAGCCUAUCACGGAACUGGUGUACGUCCACUCCAAGCUAAUGAUAGCCGAUGACAAGAUCAUCAUCUGCGGAAGCGCGAAUAUCAACGAUAGGUCUAUGCUGGGGACGAGGGACUCUGAGAUCGCUGUGUUACUUGAGGACGAAAAAUUCAUCGACGGCACCAUGAACGGCAAAACUUUACCCAGCGGGCGUGUCGCGGGCGCACUGCGCAAGCGGCUCUUCCGGGAACACCUGGGACUACUGGGGGAGGACCUGGACUACCUCGGGAUAGACAUGGACGACCCCUGCUCUGACGAGUUCUAUAAGAACGUUUGGCAGGCCACGUCGAGGAGGAAUACCGAUGUAUAUGAAGAGGUAUUCCACUGCCUCCCCACCGACUCAGUCCACACGUUCGCCGAACUAAAGAAAUACCAGGAAGAGAACGGCCGCGGUCUUUGGCAUUCUGACCGCGCGCUAGCUAACAGAAAAAUCGACCUUAUUCGCGGGUAUUUAGUCGACUUACCGCUUAUGUUCCUGUGCAACGAAGUGCUGACUCCGCGACAAGCUUCGGUGGAAGGCAUGAUGCCCACAGCUCUAUGGACGUAGUAUCUAGAUACAGGGUGUAAAAUACCCUUAACGAAGCCUGAAAUUACGCUUGAUGAUAGGAAAAGAAGUCGUUUAAAGAAUAAUAAUACAAUUACUGCCGGUAUUUUUAAGUAGUAAAAAUAAAUAAGGAUAUUGACAUUAUUUACUAUAUUAAUUUCAAUCUUAAAAAUAUUAAACUAUUUUCAAUAUUUUUAUCUCUGCAAUAUUUAUAAUGAAAUUACACAUUUGUGACAUUACUAUUUUUGGAUUAAACUCAUCGAAUUAUUGAUAAUU